AUGGAUCCACACACUGUGACCAGAGCGGAACUCAAUGGCGAUUUGGAAGCCCGGGUGACUUACAUGAAAUCCUUUCUAGAGUUCACCGAUGAGGACUGUGAAAUCAUGAAGGCUGUCAGACCAAUUGCGAAGCCGUUGGUUCCAGAAAUCGUUGCAUCAGCUUUCUCACAAUCUACGUUAUGUGUUGUUUUGGGCCCAGAUAACAAGCUUCUCUCUUAUGAGUGCUGCAAGAUUGCGUUUUUCCCUCGCAAAGACGGUGCUCAAGGUACGCAUGGAACCCUCGAUGAUCUGGUAGGAGACGCCAAUGCAAUCACGAUUGAUUCGGCCACCAUCCGAAUCAGGCGAAACAUUCUGGAAAAAUGGGCAAUGAAGAUCUUCACUUCUGAUUACAAUGAGAUGGAGAUAUUCGAGUUCUUCAACCGUAUUGGUAUUCAGCAUGUUGGUGGUGCAAGGGUUUUUAGCGCCGGCAAGAAGAAGCCUCUAUUCGUAGACUAUAUACAUUUAGCUAUGACCUUGGGGUACAUCACCGAUCGAAUGACUGCUGCGAUCCUUACCUUACCCGAAUCCACAUGGCCGCUGCAGAAAAAGACUCGGGCGGUUCGGGCGUUUCACAAGAUUGGUUGGAUCCAUAACGAUCUCUUGGCUAGGCAUCAUACGGAAGAAGCUUACGCGGGUAGCACAUUUAGCAGCCCGCUCUGUUCAUCUCCUGCGGUUUUCGCAGCACCUGAACACAGUACUCCACCGACGAAUCCCAUUGUUUCAGGUUCAGGCUGCUGUCCUAUGCAGGAAGAUAGCCUUGAGGCCGAACCUCCGAUUCCAGUUGCUAAUGGGACCAUAGGAAGCUGCUUUUCAAACUACCGCGCGGACUCUGGCUGGAAUAGCGAUGUCUUAUCUGGACACUCCAACUACCCUAAUCCAUGCGAACCUCCGACUGCCAGGCUGAUGGACAGUCAUUCGCACUCCCAACAGUACAGUGGCCUUGGGUUUGAACGAACUUAUUCAGGCAAUGAAACCGACCACCUUCCAAUGCAUUCAAAGGGUGAUUACUCGACCUGA